AUGUCAUUUGGCGUGUUCUACACUCGUCCGUUCAACCCCCGGUCGCUAUCGAUCCUUGCGGUUGCCAAAGCGAACAACCUUGCCCUGGAGGUCAAGACCAUCACAUCGUCGACCGAGGCCCCCGAGGAAUAUCUCCAGGUGAAUCCUUUGGGCAAAAUCCCAACAUUCGUGGGAUCAGAUGGCUACGUCCUGACUGAAUCCAUCGCUAUCGCUGUCUAUGUGGCUUCGCAAAACGAAGAGACCACCCUGCUGGGUCGGUCCAAGAAGGACUACGCCUCGAUUCUUCGCUGGAUGGCAUUUGGGAUUACUGAAAUCCUGCCGCCAUUGGGAGGCUGGUUUAACCCACUUAUUGGACGCGCACCGUUUGUGCCGGAAUUAAUCGAAAAGAAUAAAGCGGACACGCUGGUUCGGAUGCAACUGCUGGAGAAGCAGCUUCAGGGCCGCACAUAUUUGGUCGGGGAUGCUCUCUCACUGGCCGAUCUGUUCGUCGUCGGCAUUCUCCAAGGGCCCUUUCGCUUCUUCCUGGACCCGAAAUGGCGCCGUGAGAAUCCUGCUGUGUCCCAGUGGUUUGAACAUGUCCAUUCGCUUCCGAUAGUGGUCGAUGUGGCAGGACCGCCUGCAUUGGCCGAGAAGGAGAUGCCAAUUGCGCCACCCAGAAAAGCAUAG